UUAAAGCCACGAAGCGCACUCUCUCUCUCUCUUCAUCGAUCGUGUUUGUAGGGAAGGAAGGAGAUGUCGAUCUUGUCCGGCUUCCUCUACCCGCCGCCGCCCUCGGCAAUCAUCACGGCCAUGACCGCGAUCAGCAGCGGCGCCCUCGUCUACUUCGGCCUCUCAGAGGCCUGGGGCAAACACCUGCAGUACUCCAAGUUCUGGAACGCCGGCUCGGGCCCCUCCGGCGAGCAGAUCCGCGUCUCUAGCCGCGUCGGCAUGCUGCUCCUCUACACGCCAGCGCUCGCGGCCGCCGCGGCCGCCUUCGCCGUCCCCGCCGUCGUUGCCGACGAUCGGUGCCGGCUGCUUGCCCUCGCCCUCGCCCUCCAUUUCUUCAAGAGAGACUUCGAGGUGUUGUUCAUCCACCAAUACAGUGGAAAUAUGAUACUGGAUUCAGUCAUCCCGAUAACCCUAAGUUAUUUCACGGGCACUGUGUGCAUGAUCUAUGCUCAGUAUCUCACCCAGGGAAUGCCAGGGCCAAAACUGGAUCUGAAGGUUGCAGGGGAGGUGUUUUUCCUGGUAGGGAUCACAGGCAACUUCUACCACCAUUACCUGCUUUCCAAGCUCAGGGAGAAGGGUGACAAGACAUACAAAAUCCCAAAGGGUGGCCUGUUUGGACUGGUCAUCUGUCCACAUUACCUUUUCGAGAUAAUUAUUUUCAUUGGGUUCUGCCUCAUCUCCCAGACUCUGUAUUCCUUCUUAUUUGCACUGGGGACACUCUGGUACUUGAUGGGCAGGAGUUAUGCAACAAGGAGAUGGUACCUCUCCAAAUUCGAGAACUUCCCUAAACAAGUCAAGGCUUUGAUUCCCUACGUUUUCUAGCCACAUGAAUUGUGUUGGGAGAUGAUCAUCAUCUUCAUCUUCAUGAUAUAGUGUGGGAGUGUCUCCUAAUAAUUAGCACAUCUCUAUGUGCUGAGAAAAAAAGGUUCAAGUGUGUCUGGAAUCAGCAUCCAUGUGUAAAAUGCUUGGAGACUAGUCUACAUCUCAGCAAGAAAAAUAUGUAUCCAUGUUAUGUUCUAUAUUUCCUUUUCCAUCAUGUUUGAGAUUUUAGUGUCCCUCAAAAUCUCAAAUGCUUGAUAUUAGAGCUUACCUAUUAGUUUUUCUCUGUUAUUGAAGCCCUCUUAAUAAAAUUUUGUGUGCAGUGUACUGUGUAAAA